AUGGCGCAGGACAGCAACAACAACUGCACCGCCAAAGGGGACGCAAAGGUGGUGAAGGAUGCGGUCAAAAAGGGAGUGAAAGACAGUAGCAAACCAGUUGACAAGCCGAGGAGAGUAAAGAAAAAAGAAGUUGCCCCUGAUUAUAUGACUCGUGUUGUCGUUCGUCAGCUACCGCCAACAAUGACUGAAGAGCAAUUCCUCAAUGACAUUUCUCCUUUGCCCGAAUACAGCGAGUUCUACUUUGUCAAUGGCGAUCUCAGUUUGGGCGAAUUUGCAUUCUCCAGAGCUUAUUUUAAAUUUAAAAAUUUUGAAGAAAUGCUCAUCUUUAAAGACAAGUUUGAUGAUUAUGUCUUUUUAGACUCUAAAGGCAAUGAGUUCCCGGCGAUUGUCGAGUUUGCGCCACUGCAAAAAAUGCCCCGUCCAAGUAGCGAAGCUAAAAAGACCAAGCAAGACAUCAAGAUGAACACUAUUGAGAGCGAUCCAGAAUACAUUGCGUUUGUUGAAGAGCUGAAAAAUACCAACUCCACUAGUCCUCCUCCUUACUCAGCGGAUGCUUUGCUGGAGGAAAUUGAAAACAAUAAACUGUCAAAGGACAACGAUUCUCAGUUGACGCCACUGCUCGAGUUUAUUGGCAAAAAACGAGAAGAGAAACUUAAAAUGAAAGAGGAUAAGAAGCGCAAAAAAGACGAAACCAAGAAGAAGAAGGCGAUCACCAAAGAAGUGAAAGCAAAGGAACAGGCGACCAAACAGAAAGCCAACAACAAACCGCCAGCACCAGUUAAACCGCCAGCACAAGAGGUCAAAUAUGUGAUCAAAGUGAAAAGUGAAACGAAAGUGAACCCUCAAAAAGCAGCCGACGACUCAGCUAAAGUCAAGCCAGCAGCUCAAAAGCCUUCCAACACUUCAAACUUAGAUAACAAAAAAGAUAAAGCCAAGCCUAGUACAGAGGAGAAAAGUGCUAAACAAAAGGAGCCCAAUACUAAACCGGCUCGCAUUCGAAACAAAGAUCGUCCCGCCAGAGAAAUCUAUCGACCUGGCUCAAAGCCAAAGACGCAACAGCAACCGCAGCAGCAGCAGCAGCAGCAGCCUCAACAACAUCCUCCUUCACAGCCACCGCCUACUGCUUCAUCUUCUGCAGUCGGUACCAACGCUGGCCCCUCUGAAAGUUCAACUGCUGGAAAAGCUAAAGUAGCUGCUUCGUCAGACCAAGGAGAGAAACCAGUACAAAAUACAAACACCACCACCACCACCAUCAACACCACUAAAAGUAGCAACACUCAGUCGAAACCGUUCAAGAAGUACCGCGUCUUCACCAGAACCAAAAACUAA